AUGGCAACACAAAGCUCAUGGUUUCUGCGUUUCCCCCCUGAAUUGAGUGCAUCCAUUGUGUCCUUUCUGCCAAACAAAGAUGUCAAGUCCUUGCGUUUGACGUGUAAAGCCCUCGGCGAGAUUUCACCAUUCUCCUCCUCCCGCGUUUUUCUUUCGGCCAACUCGUUGAACAUCCAAGUUUUUCGUGCUAUAGCCGACCAUCCAAAGUUUCGCCACCAAAUCAGAGAACUCAUCUGGGACGACGCACGGUUUGUAGUCGCGCCGUUGAUAUGGGAAUCCAUGCGUCCAAUCAUCGAAUCCGAACGCAUGGAAAUUAAAUCCGAUGAGGGAUGUCCUAUCUGGUUUACGGAGCAAUGUGAAGAGAACCGCUAUACAGUUAAGCAUCGGAAAUACCGCGACGUGAACCGACCUGACCAGGUUGCACGUCAGCACCAGAUGGAUGCCCAGAUGCCGUUGAAAGCCUGCUGGAAGUAUUAUCAGCAACUAUUGGAUGAUCAGGCAACUGUGAUAAAAUCUGAGGACGACAAAAUAGCCUUUCUUUACGGCCUUGAGCGAUUCCCUGGGCUCAAAAAAGUGACCGUUACGCCUGCGGCCCACGGCUGGCUGUUUUCUCCUCUGUACGAGACACCUAUGAUUCGAAAAUUUCCAUACGGAUUUAACUAUCCGAUUCCGCGAGGAUGGCACUACGAUCCCGUUGAUUCUCAGGUUGCCGAGCCGCUACCGUGGUCUGAGGUAACCGAUGACUACAAGGAGCUAUGGAGAGGGGCUCGGAUUGUUCUUCGCCUUUUGUCACAGGAGAAGCAUAAUGUUUCCCAGCUGAGCUUCGAUUCCAAGCAACUCCACACCGGACUAAACUUUUUGAUUUUCGACCGGCCGUGUGAGGAAUACAAUCAGUUUGCGUCUAUCAUGAAACUUCCGGGCUUCCAGCGUCUUCAUCUGUCUUUGCUUACUGGCAGCAGUGGUAUCUGGACAGGAUUCCAAAGCGGAUUAUUCCGUCAAGCUAUGAGUCUGGCGAAGGAAUUAACCCAUGUUCAUUUAUCAACUACAUACAAUAAUGGGUCUGACUUUCCAUUUCAGGAUCCAUCUAUUCCCCUGAAGGAGGUUCUGCCUAUUAAGCAGUGGCCGAACCUGUCUCACUUGGCGCUCUCUAAUUUCAGUAUUGAUACGUCGGAGUUUAUAGACAUACUCAAAUCGGCACCAUCCUCAUUACGAUCUCUUGACUUAGAAUUUAUCGAGUUCCCCUCUGAUGAAUUGUGUUUGACUGGUCUACUAGAGAGGAUGCGAGAGGAACUGGAUUGGACUGAGAGAGAUCAGUCACUACAACCGACCGUCGCGAUCGCAAUGGAAGGCCAGCGCAGGUGGCCGGGGAGGUUCAUCAAGCUUUCAGAUGAGGUGGGAAACUUUCUCUAUGGCUCUGGAGAAAACCCCCCUGAAUGGAGCAGAUACAUGCACCCCCAAAAACGGAUACGGGACUAA